CCAAGGUCAAGGUUGAAUUUCUACUUUUAGUUUGUUGAUCACAUGUUGCAAAAAUAAUAGAUUCACUGUUUUUCAUGUUCCAAAUAUUGAAAUAAUGACUGAUACCGGUACUGAUGAAAGAAGGUUGUUGGUUCUAUAUGGAAGCCAAACUGGAACAGCUCAAGAUGUUGCAGAAAGGAUAAACAGAGAAGCCAAAAGAAGACAUUUUUCUUCCAAAGUUAUGGCAUUAGAUUCUUUUCCAGUGGGUGAUUUAUUGAAGGAACAGAUGGUGGUGUUUGUUUGUGCUACAACAGGACAAGGUGAUCCACCAGAUAAUAUGAAGUUAUUCUGGCGUUUUAUUUUAAGGAAGAAUCUUCCAGAAAAUUCAUUAAGUCAUCUUUUAUAUGGUGUUUUAGGACUUGGAGAUUCAUCCUAUCAAAAGUUUAAUGUAAUAGGUAAGAAGAUAAAUAAAAGAUUAUUACAAUUAGGUGGUAAGCCACUAGUACCUGCAGGUUUAGCUGAUGAUCAACACGAAUUGGGAGCUGAUGUAGUAAUUGAUCCAUGGUUAAAAGUAUUAUGGGAACGUAUAUUACAGUUAUUUCCCCUGCCUCCUGGUAAAGCUAUUAUUAGUGAUGAUAUCUGCCCACCACCUCGAUACAAGGUUACAGUUUUAACAGAAAAUGGUUAUAGUAAAGACUUUCAACCAGCAUCAAACCCUAACUCAAAUAACAGUCCCAGCCAAGAAAAUCCUUUUUAUGUGGAAAUAUUAUCUAAUGAUAGACUUACAGCAGGCAACCAUUUUCAAGAUGUCCGCCUUAUUCGACUGAACAUUAAAGAUUCCAAAAUAAGAUACAGUCCUGGGGAUGUGGUCAUGGUGAAGCCUCAAAAUCUUAGUAAAACUGUAGAUCAUUUUAUCAGCCAUCUUGGUUUAGAUGGGGAAGCUGUUUUUUCUUUAGCACAAAAUGAUGAAGAUAUUCAGCUUCCAAGUACUUUGCCAAACCCAUGUAGCAUACGUCACCUAUUAACACAUUAUUUAGAUAUAUCCGGUGUACCUAGAAGAUAUUUUUUUGAACUUUUGUCUUUUUUCUCUGAUGAUGAACGUGAGCAGGAAAAACUAAAAGAUUUUACUACAGCAGAAGGGCAGCAAGAUCUAUAUAACUAUUGUAAUAAAACAAAGAGAACGUAUUUAGAGGUGAUGCAAGAUUUUCCGCAAACUAGUCCUAGAAUACCAUUUGAUUAUUUAUUUGAUUUGAUACCACCAUUAAAACCUAGAGCUUUCUCUAUAGCUUCAUCACAAAAGGUCUAUCCUAAUGAGAUACAAAUAUUAAUGGCUGUGGUAGAAUAUCAAACUAAAAUACAAGAACCUAGAAGAGGUGUUUGCUCUACUUGGAUGUCAAGGUUACGUCCUGGGGAGGUUAAAGUACCUAUCUGGGUAAAGAAAGGAACAAUAAGAUUUCCUAGCGAUAAUGUACCUAUUAUAAUGGUUGGUCCAGGAACUGGUUUGGCCCCAUUUAGGAGUUUUAUACAAGACAGAAUCAGUGAGAAUGUAGGAAACAAUUACCUAUUUUUUGGAUGUCGGAAUAAAGAUAAAGAUUAUUUUUUUGAGAAAGAAUGGAAUGAAGCCUGUAAUAGUGGAAAACUUGAGAUUUUUACAGCUUUCUCAAGAGAUCAGGAAGAUAAAAUAUAUGUACAGCAUAGAAUAACGGAAAAUGGAGAAUUAAUCUGGAAACUUUUAGAUGAUAGAAAGGGAUAUUUUUACAUAGCAGGAAAUGCUAAACAAAUGCCAGACAAUGUUACAUCAGCAGUAAAGGAGAUAAUUCAAAAAUAUGGCAGUAGAACUGAAGAAGAAGCAGAUUUAUAUAUCAAAAAACUGGAACAUGAAAAACGGUUUCAAGUUGAAGCUUGGUCUUAGAAAAUAAUAAUAUUAUAUCAUUAUUAUUUAUAAUUUAAUGUUGCAAUAUAUUUUAUAUCAGAUUGUAUAAAGAUAAUUUUAU